CUCCCCUUGUCUCCUUUCUCCUCCAACCGGGAUCCACACUCGCUCUUGUAGCGGGUGCCGGUCGUCGACUUCAUCUUCUGACACUGCUUCACACUUCAUCUCCUUGCACCUGAGGCCUGCAUCCCGCUUCCGGACACGUUACACGCCUGGACGCUGCUGACAGGUCUACCCGGCUCUUGACUCGACAAUCAAGCUCACUGGGCAAGGACUACACUCAGUGUUGUAGUUCCUUGGUAAGCGCUACAAGAUCCUCACUGAGACCUCGCCUAUCUCCAUGAGCGCUAUAGGCCACAAUAUGGCCUCCAUGAAUCCCCGAGGCAAACAUCUGGCAGCCAGCGGUGAUGGUGGAGGUGGCGGGGGAGGGGGCAGAGAUCGAGGCCAGAACAUCAAUCAUCUCCUCUCUUUCACGCUGCCGCCAAGAGCUCGGCCGCCUCCUCCGACCAAUGCUCGCCGGUCGAAGCGCAGCGGCGGUACGCCAUUCAACAAAGAGCGCUACGUGUCCGCCCAGUAUCGCUUCCUAGUCAAGCCUACAGGCGACUACACUGCCUACUUUGCAGAUGCAGACAUCUACCUCAACUGGGGCGACAUUCUCUCCGUUCUCAUACCUACAUCUUCAGCCUUGUCUGGCGCAGCUACCUCAGCUCUUCCUUCAUCUUCUCAGCCAUCUCUAGAGACUCACGAGGGCGCUGCAUGCCCCAUCUGCCUCAGCCCUCCCACUGCUCCGCGUAUGACGAAAUGUGGCCACGUCUAUUGCUACCCCUGUAUUCUGCAGUAUCUCUCUACGACGGAUGGGCCUGCUUCGGCUGGUCCUGCACCCAUCCCCGGCGCUCCCGUAGGAGCCAGCGUCAACUCUGGAAAUGCCCUGACUGGACCUACGAAUCGUCAGUGGAAACGGUGUCCCAUCUGCUGGGACGCUGUCUAUGCCCGAGAUCUCAAGGCGGUUAGAUGGUGGGACCCGAAGGCAGUAGCUGCUCAACAGGAUCGUCAACCAGCUGCUGGCAACGAGCAGAUAGGCGAUAUCAUCGGCCAUUUCGAGAGCGGAGACGAGCCUUCCACAUCUCAACAGGCGCCGUCUACCCAGAAUCCAGACUACCUGCGCAUGCGUCUGAUGGAGAGGCCGCAGAUCACCACCUUGGCUCUGCCUCAAUCUUCGACCUGGCCGACUUCCUCGACGUCACCCUCCGACCAGCCCUUGCUCGCUCAACAUCAAGCACCAUGGCAUUUUCAACCAGACGUGAUGACGUACUGCAAAUUCAUGCUCGCCACUCCUGACCUCCUACUCGAGUCGCUCACACAAGAUGUAGAUGAGCUGGCAGCUGAAAAGAAGCUACUCAGCUCUUUUGGGAGCACUCAGGGUGAUGACACGAUAGCGUACGUGACUCUAGCGGAGAAGAAGGUUUCGGAGCAGAUGGGGAAAGUUAUCAACGAGCUGGACACUCCUGCUGUAAGAAGCGCGAUCGGUCAGGCGAAGAAUGACCUGAAGGAGCACGAGGAGGCUGAAAGGGGUCAAAGGGUUCGAGACAGCGAGAAUACCAGCCGACGGAGGCGAAGACAGAUCGAGAGGGAGAAAGAAGAGCACCGCCAAUCAGAGGAUGCCAAAGCGGCAGAGGAUGGGGAGUCCAAGGUUGAGGAUUCCCAGGACGACACCUCGAGCACUCCCCUCAACACUCCCUCUGUUGAAUCAUCUGAAGGCGCGGAGGCCUUCCUUGCCCUUCGAGCGCAAGGUCAAGGAGGAUCGUAUCUUCCUCGCCCCAAGGAAGAAGCUAAAGCCUCUGCAGCUAUGGCGACAAGCUCAGACGAAGCCACAAAUGCAGCGCCGCCGACCGCGCCUGCUCCAAAGUCUCACCAGCGCCCUCGACGCAACCUCAAUCCUCCCGCCCCUUCUUCUUCAUCCUACCUCUUCUACCAAGCCGCCUCCGGUCAGAACAUCUACCUGCACCCUUUGGACAUCAAAGUUCUCCACUCUCAAUUCGGAGCCUAUUCUCGCUUCCCCCGCGACAUCGCCGUCAAGGUCCAAGGAGCAGAAGAGGGCAGCAUGAAUGAGGAGCUUCAGAAGAGGUGCAAGUACCUCACGCAUUUGCCCAAAGGCACGGACGUCGUCUUCAUCGAGGUCGACUGGGAGAGUAUGGCUGCCGUCCCCGCUAACAGCCCUUCAACAGAGGGCGGUAUGGAGGCGAGCGAGCCACGCUUGAUCGAAGAGAAGACUCUGAAGCCCUACAGUCAAGUGCUUAGGGCUAGGAGAAACAAGCGAAGGGACAAGGAGAGAAAGGAAGACCGAGCCAAGCUCAAGGCCGAAGAGGCCGAAGCCGCUUCCCGUCCUGGAGGCGCAGCAGCUGCAGCGCGUCAUCACCAGCAACAGCAGCAGAUGCAAAGCAGCAAUGGUCGCCACGUCCAUAUGCUCUCGAGCAGCUACGGCAGCGAAGGCGGCCGAUCUGCCGUCUCUUCGCACGGCCAAGCCACCUCGCCCACCUUUAUGGAGUCGGCCCUCUGGGGUGCCGAGCGCGACUUUCCCAUCCAUCCUGGUCACCACGGCGGCGUCGACGACGAAUUCCCAUCGGCGCUAGCGUUGACUGCCGCCUCGUCUUCCUCGCCAAACAUGACCCCUACACGCAGCCCCGCCUCUUCUGCUACACAGCCCUCGUCAAGGACGGGGACUGGGAGCAAGACAGUCUGGGGAACCGUAGCGCCCAAGCCCUCCUUCUCCUCUACCUUGCAUGCCUCUUCUCGCGGUACCUCCGGUGCAGGUGGCGCAGGAGGCGCAUGGGAUGAAGACGUCGAUGAUGCCUGGCUUGAGCUGGAGGAAGGGUUUGUACUUGGCACGAACAACUCGCGACAGGUCAGACCGGGGAGGGGAUUGAAUUCCCAGCAGGGCAAUAGACGUACAAAUGGCACUGCAGGUUCCGGUGCCACUACCGGUGUGGGAGCGGCGGGUAAAGGCGAUGGAGGGCGUGCUGCACCCAUCGAAGGAGAAAAGGGCAGCACGACGCCUGGUGCUGUCCCCAGUGGUGGCGGCGGUGGAGGAGGAGGAAAGAAGCAGAGGAAAGCCAAGCUGGUCCUCACCGGUGGAGGGAGGGGCACUGGCUGAUCUUCUUCCUUGCUCUGCAAAGCAAAAGCAAAAUCUGUCUGUCUAUCUUCCUCUCCUCCUUUUAUCUCAUCUCAUCUUGGAUUUUUGGCAAUCCAUUACCAGCAUUAUAACCUUUGUUCGCAAAAUCGACACCAGGAAUUGUGGGCGCUGAGGGCGAGGGCAAAGUGGUAAGAGGUGAAUCGAUGAUAUGACAUGACUCAACACGCUUUGACAUGACUUGACAUGACAUGACAUGGCAUGACAAUGACAAUGACAAUGAC